UAAUAACUUUUCUUCACCAUAGAACUUUAAGUUAACAACAAUUAGUAAUGAAAUCGGUAGCUUUGAUCGCUUUGAUGAGUAUUGUGGCUGUGGCUUUAGGUGCUCCUAAGACCAGCGACAAGUCAGACAUGAUGAUGAUGGAAGACACAAAUACUGAUCACAAAGAGGAAACACAUAAGUAUAGAUCAUAUGGAGCUCCAUCUUACGGACCACCACCACCACCAGCAUAUGGUCCAUCACCAUCCUAUGGCCCAGCACCUGCAUAUGGUCCUGCUCCUGCACCUGUCCCAAAACCUAGCUAUGGUGGAUCAUACAGUCAUGCUCCAGCUCCAGCCCCACAAUAUGCUCCAGCACCAUCGUACAAACCAGCUCCAGCACCAUCUUACAAGCCAGCUCCAGCACCAUCAUACGCACCUGCCCCAGCACCGUCAUAUGCUCCAGCUCCUGCACCAUCAUACGCACCAGCCCCAACACCAUCAUACGCUCCAGCACCAGCACCUUCAUACGGACCAGCCCCAGCACCAUCAUAUGCUCAUGGCCCAGCACCUAAACCAUCUUAUGCACCAGCUCCAAAGCCAUCAUACGCCUCAGCACCAAAACCAUCAUACGCACCUGCCCCAGCUCCAUCAUACGCACCAGCACCUAAGCCAUCAUAUGCACCAGCCCCAGCUCCAUCAUACGCACCUGCAUCUAAGCCAUCAUAUGCACCAGCCCCAUCUCCAUCAUACGCACCUGCAUCUAAGCCAUCAUACGCACCUGCUCCAGCUCCAUCAUACACUCCAGCACCAGCCUCAUACCCAGCCCCACCAUGCCCCAAGAGCUACUUGUUCAGCUGUGCCCCACACGUACAACACGUCCCUUGCUCUGCAGGUGGCUACUAAAUUAUGUAAUACGGGAAAAUGCAUACUCAUCGAUCUUAGAACCAUUUCAUAUAUCAUUGUUUUAUAUAUCAUUUUUAUAAAUAAAUAGAAUAAUAAUUGAAUAUUUAAACUUGCAACUUUUCUUGGUGAUUCCAAUUUUUUUUUUAGUGUUCCCAUUUAUAUUUAACCAAACAACAGAAAAAUAUCGUGGCAAAAUUGCUGACAAAAAGUUUAUGUUAUUUCGAAAUGAUGAUAUUUUAUAUUUCCUCACUUCUUGGCAUCAAGCCUGAAUAAAAAGAGCUUGAUGUGAUUUGCAUGAACUAGUUGAAGUUCUCCUAUCUUACGGAUCAAAAUGAAAAUACUUUCGGCUCUUGUAAUCAUUCUGUGUAGUUGUAUUGCAGUUACAGUAGCACUUCCAUCUGAAAUUGCAUCUGGAAAAAGCAUUUCGACACCUUGUGGAUGUGAUGCUAUGGAAACAGUGAAAAGACACGAACGUAAUACACCACCAUUUGAUGAAUUAUCUCACCAUGCUUGUGGUUGUGGUAAAUCUAAUGAUCCUCUGAAAAGAUCGCGUCGUUUUGCGAUUAUACAAGCUCAACCUGGCCUCUUAGACGAAUUACUAGCAUCAAGUCACCAUAUUGUGACGAACAAACCAAAGAUUUCUGAAGCUGAUCAUAUUGUUGGAGCAAAAAAACUAAAAAUUCCAGUAAUUUACAAGCCAAAACCUAAAAUUCAUGUUAAAUCUCAUAAAGGCUUUCAACACACAUCAUUCUACGUGGGUUCGGAACGAUCACCUGUAGUUGGAUCGGAAAGAAGUGUGUGUCCCUUUUUGCAACCGGUAAUAGAGAAGCAGCCGGUUGUUGGUUUGGAAAGGAACUAUUAUCCCCAACCCCGUUUGGAAAAUGAGCCAGUAGUUGGAUCAGAAAGAAAUGUUUGUCCAUUUUCACGGCCGGAUUUGGAGAAGGAGCCUAUAAUUGGAACGGAAAGAAAUUAUUAUUCUCAACCGGAGUCUCAGAAAAGUUCUGAAAAUGAGCCUUUAAUUGGAUCGGGUAGACAUUACUAUCCCCAAACGAAACAUCAUCAUGAAAAUCUACCAGUUUCACAGCCUCAACCAAAACAAGAUAAUCAAUAUAAUCCCAUUCCCUGCCCUGUGACUUACAUGGUCAGCUGUUCUCCAGCUCUUCUUCCAGCUCCUUGUCAGCCCCAAAAAUCUGACUAUUAAUUCCAUGUUUGUAUUAUUUGUUUAACUACUUAUGUAAAUAGAUUUGUUAAUUUUCAAAAUAAAUUAAUUUAUUAAGGUUUUGCAAUUUUA